AUGAAUUCGGCUCUUGUUUCUGAUAGAGCACUAUGGCUGAUCAUCCCAAUCGCAUGUGCAGUAGCUGCUGUCUCGUUCGCUUACCCACUCCGUGACAUUAAAGAGGCAGCGACAGCACCACCAAUAGAGGAGCAACCUAAUGCGAGACGGGUGGACGACGAUGCAGAAGAUCACAUUCCGGUUGGAGCACUGAAGGUGCUGUCCGAUGGGCAUAGCUUCCAUCUGCGCAAUGCGGCCUUCAAGAUAGCUCUAUCUCAAUCGCUAAAAGAUGUACCGAAAGCAGCGCUCCUCAAGGACCUCUCAAGCAAGCAGCCCGAAAGACGAGAUCAAGCAUUGCAAGCAUUAGUUUUUCUCAUUCACGGUCCGGAUGCAAGCGAUGCUGACUUUACACUCACUCGUAAGCAGCAACAUCUGCAUUUCCAAAAUCUGGCCACCUAUCGAGCGUUGGUCACUGCUCUCGUCAACCUUCUACCUUUUCACACGCAUACUCCUACCGACAUUUGUUUCGCCAAAGGCGGACACCCGCCUUCACCGAUCAGGCCCCUGCUUCGACCCACCAACGAAGUGACUCUCAUCAACUUGGUACUUGAACUCCUUAGGUCGUACAGGCGCUCACCCAUUCCGCCAGAAGGUGGACUUCAGACCUUCCUGAAAGCCGGCAUCGUACAGCGGUGGCUUGCCAAUUAUCCUUUCCCGUGCACCUUGCCUCAGUAUUUGAAGCUCAACUUCAGACGAUCCGACGUUGUCGAGCUCCUCACAGACAAAGCGUACGCUCGCGAUGACUACUUGAUGGCCGAGCUGGUGCAGCAUCUCUCACGAUACCCACCUGCACAAAUCGAGCUACGCAACGCUGGCCUCGCAACGAGAUCAAGCAAGAUCACGGAGCGAUUUAGGUCAGAUAGCAUCGACGAUUCCAUCAUCUUCAUCCGCGAAAACCUUGGACCCGCAAAUCCACUGACGAUGGGUGAUGCGGGCAACGACGGCGCCACAGGCUGGCAGCACUUUGAUCCACCGAGGAUCGAUCGGAACGGCAUUGAUCUGCCACGGCCGAGAUCUUCGGACCGCAGCUCUUCAGAGGAGCGGCUACGUCGUCGUCACAGAGAAGCCAUCGUCGUUGCAGACCCGGGCCAGCCAGUCAGCAAUCAAAACAUUCUACAGCGUGUGACUAGCGGAGUUGCGCCGAGCAGGGGCUUAAACAACGACGAUACCCAGCACCCGGGACAGAUUGGCAGAGCUGACAGCGAGCGGGAGGAAGUCGCCAGCCACCUCUCGUUCUCCGAGGUUAGUGGCAGUGCGACGCCUAGUAGCAUGCCGAGCCUGCUGAGCGCAACUGCAGCGAACAGUGUAGAUCACGAGAGAGCGAGGAGGGAAGAGUUGGAGCGACGUCUUGGUGCAAGACAAAUCAGUGGUGCUGAGGCUGGCCUGACUUCUGACACGACGAAUGCACCACAGACGGCCGGGGACUUGUUGGAGAUGGCCCUGAGGGCAAGGGAGCAGUCAAGGGCCAGUCAGCCUAGCCAGGGAAGCCUGGAUGGGCAGUGA